AUGGCAACAAAUGUCCUGUUAUCUGCAACGCAAUGGAUAUGCGCUCAUUCAUCUCUUUGGGAUGUAUUUCUUGCUUUGUUGGGACUCUUUGUUUUCCGAUGUAUAAAUGAAAGGCUCACCAACAAUGGCCCUAUGCUAUGGCCUGUGUUGGGCAUCAUACCGACAGUGUUCCUCCACAUCAACGACACGUACAAUUUCGUCACCGGAGCUUUAAGGAAAGCAGGUGGAACCUUCCACCACAAGGGUAUGUGGAUGGGAGGAGCAUAUGGAGUUGCGACAGCUGAUCCUUCCAAUAUCGAGUAUAUGCUUAAAACAAAUUUCAAGAACUUCCCAAAAGGAAAAUACUUCAGAGAGAGGUUUCAGGAUUUGCUAGGGGAUGGUAUUUUCAAUGCUGACGAUGAACUGUGGAGGGAACAAAGGCAAACAGUGAAAGCAGAGAUGCAUUCAAGCCGGUUCAUUGAGCACUCGCUUCAAACCAUGCAAGAUCUGGUGCACCAGAAGCUGUUGAAGUUGACAGAAAAACUGGUGAAGUCAGGAGAUAGUUUUGAUCUACAAGAAGUGCUCCUUCGGUUUACUUUUGAUAACAUUUGUACUGCAGCUUUUGGGAUUAAUCCUGGGUGCUUAGCCCUGGAUUUUCCCGACGUUCCCUUCGCGAGAGCUUUUGAAAAAGCAACAGAAUUAACUUUGUUCAGAUUCCUGAUUCCACCUUUCAUUUGGAAGCCCAUGAAGUUCUUUGGAAUAGGAUACGAGAAGGCACUGAAGGAGGCAGUUGGAAUUGUUCAUGACUUUGCUGAGAAGAUAGUGAAGGGUAGAAGGGAUGAGGUAAGCAAGCAUGGUAGCUUGUUUAAUCAAUCUGAUCUCUUGUCCAGGCUUAUCGAGAUUGAAUAUAAGGGACAAAGCAAGAAGCUAGAAUUUCCCGACAAGUAUUUCAGAGAUUUGUGUGUAAAUUUCAUCUUGGCAGGGCGAGACACCACUUCAGUGGCAUUGGCAUGGUUUUUCUGGUUAGUACACAGAAAUCCAGAAGUGCAAAACAGAAUUCUAUGCGAGAUGAAUGACAUUCUGUCCCUUCGUGAGACACAGUCCAAAAAUGAGAUCAUUUUCACAAUGGAAGAAUUGAACAAGAUGGUGUAUCUCCAAGCAGCAUUAUCCGAAUCUCUGAGGCUGUAUCCAUCUGUGCCAACUGAAGUGAAAGAAGUUGUAGAAGAUGAUGUUCUCCCUGACGGUUCCAUAGUUAAGAAGGGUGCUCGAGUUUUCUACUUCAUAUUCUCAAUGGGCAGGAUGGAUUCCAUAUGGGGGAAAAUUGCUUGGAAUUUAAGCCAGAGAGGUGGAUUAGGGAUGGAAAGUCCAAGGCUGUGCCUGGGGAAGAGGUUUGCAUACAUGCAGAUGAAAAUGGUGGCAGCUUCAAUCCUGUUGAAGUAUUCAGUAAAGGUAGUUGAAGGCCAUGUCGCUGUUCCGAAAAUGACAACCACACUUUAUAUGAAGAAUGGACUAUUGGUGACUCUGAUGCCUAGGUUGGUGAACAUUGCUGCAUAG